UAUCACCAUCAGUUAAUUCAUCUCAACCGAUAAUAAUGUAUUCUGAAGCUUUGUUAUUUCGUGUUUCCUUGUCUUCAUUUGGCAUAAGAAUUACUGAAGUUGACUCUCCGGUAGACUCUUCAACAUCAAGAGGGUUUGACAUACGCCUUCAAGGAAUUACAUUUGACUAUAAAGGUUCUAGGGCUUCAAUAGAUCCGACGGGAGGAUAUAUUGAAAGAAUCGGUCUUGGACUCUCAACUGAUGAUGAUACUGAUUUUCAAUGUGAAACUGGUGGAACCGUUCGAGGAUUUGCAAGAGGUUUCAAGGUAACACCUAUUAUGGCACUUUGGGACAAAGAGCUUUUAAAAAACACCGACCCAUUGUUGUUCAUUCCAGAGAUUGAAAUUCAAAAUAAUUUGAGCGUUGAACACACACAGAAUUAUUUAUCCAAGUUAAAUAAACAUUCUAGCACAAUACAUUCGGCUUCAGUGUCAGAAGGCACUAGUUC